CCAGCUCUUUUAAAGACCUUUUGGAAGGCAUUAUUUGUCGACUCACUUGUCCCGUUCCUCAGGAACACAAUUUCCCACUCUAUCUCUAAUAUCUUUUUCAAGAUUGGAGAUCCACCUCUCGCCCGAUCAAUUACUUUCACAACUCUCACUCUGUACUGCAGCUAAGAGGCUGUCAGCAACAAUGGCUCAACGGGCGGAGCAGGCUGGAGGCAGCUCUAUCAGUGGUAUCGCCAAUGAGAUAGCUGCACAGAUGGAUUCCCUUUCUACUUCGGCUCCAAUUGCAGAAGAAGCCAUUGCCCGAGAUCUUGAAGAAGAACCAGAGGAAGCGAAUUCGAAUUCAGAAGAUGAUGAUUCAGAUGAUUCCACUAUCCGACAAUACUCAAUGAUAAAUUCCUAUCGUCGACCGUCAUGUGCGAAUCCUGCAGCCAGGUCGCCCGCAAUUUUCUCUUCCAGCAUGCCAGAUCAUGGGUACUUAUCUAAGAAAGAGCGGGAAGCUGUGAGAAGCGAGGAGCGGAGUUUACUCCGCGAUAACCACCUCUUACCACCCAAGCACCCGCGCCGAGGAAGUGAGGGAGUCCUUUCGAGCCUUGGGCGGAGAAUAUCCACCUCGGGCCUCAGAAAGGUUCGAAGCGAGGCGGAUGAGGAGGCCCUCUACCCUGAUGGCUCGCCAUCUGAGCAGACUGCGCUGCUAGAUGGUGACCCGAGUCUUCCAUACGGAGGUUUGGAUUCGCCAAAGACCAUAAACAAGAGAUGGGACGAAGCUGUUGCUGCCGGAAAGAUCUCGACAACUUGGCAGCGAGAGACGAAGGUCCUGUUGAGGACGUCGGCGCCAAUGAUUCUUACGUUUUUGCUGCAAUACUCACUACCAGUUGCUAGCAUUUUUACCGUAGGACAUAUUGGAAAGAUCGAAUUAGGAGCAGUCAGCCUUGCUAGUAUGACUGCUUCAAUCACCGGAUAUGCGGUCAUUCACGGGCUCUCCACCUCCCUGGAUACACUUUGCGCCCAGGCAUAUCCCGUAAAUCCCCGCCUAGUUGGAUUACAACUACAGCGAAUGGUGUACUUCCUUUGGCUUAUGAUAAUUCCUAUUGCGACUGUAUGGUCUUUUGGUACUCAGAUACUGGCCGUCAUUGUCCCAGAAAGGGAGACUGCAGAGUUUGCAGGACUCUAUCUCAAAGUGCUAAUUGCUGGUGCUCCCGGAUACGCUGCGUUCGAAGCAGGAAAACGAUAUGUUCAGGCCCAAGGUAUAUUCAGCGCCACUAUGUACGUUCUACUGAUAUGUGCGCCACUAAACGCUUAUCUCAAUUGGAUGUUCGUCUGGAAGUUGAAAUGGGGCUUCGUUGGCGCACCAAUCGCCGUAUCAAUUACGGAGACUAUCAUGCCAAUUUUGCUCUUUCUGUAUGUUUACUUCAUCGAUGGUUCUAAGUGCUGGGGUGGCUUCGAUCGACGAGCACUCAAGAACUGGAUGCCAAUGGUCAAACUGGCUCUCCCUGGUCUGGUCAUGGUUCUGGCAGAGUUGAUUGCAUUUGAGAUUAUUGCACUGUCCUCGUCCUGGAUGGGAACCACUCCCCUUGCGGCCCAGAGUGUUCUAGGAUCCAUCACUGGCAUAACCUGGCAGAUUCCAUUCCCCAUGAGCGUCGCAGCAUCGACCCGAAUCGCAAAUCUAAUUGGCGCAACGCUUGCUGAACCAGCAAAGGUGACUGCCAAGGUUGCAGCUGUGUUCUCCGUCAUAAUCGGUGUAGCCAAUCUGCUGUUGUUAUAUGGUUUCCGAAACUCCAUCCCGAGACUUUUUACUCCAGAUGAGGAGGUUAUCGAAUUGGUGGCCGCACUUCUACCCUUGUGUGCGGCUUUCCAAGUCUUCGAUGCAACCGCAGCCACCUGUAAUGGUAUUCUGAGGGGUCUAGGAAGGCAAGAGUUCGGCGGAUACGUGGCUUUGUUCAGUUACUAUGUAAUUGGUGUUCCCAUCAGUUUCGGCUUAGGUUUUGGUGCAGGAUGGGGCUUGUACGGGUUAUGGGCUGGUCCUGCCAUCGCUCUCGGCAUCGUCUCUCUCAUAGAGACUAUCUUCAUUUUAAAGGUGAACUGGCAAAAAGCAGUUCAUGCUGCCGAGCGACGGAACCAGCUGGGUUAAAUUUCAUUUAAUCGACGCGAUUUGAGAAGUCUCCCAAGUUUCGUUGCGGGGUUUGGCUUGUUCUAUCAGUACGGGGUGUGGGAUACCAGAAGUGGAUAGGGUUUUGAGCAGCGAAGGCGUCUGGGACUUUAUGACUUUGGAUGGAAUUUUACUGCGCAACAGCGACGUGGGAUUUACCAAAUUAUUUACAUAGAGAAGAUACCCUCCAUUCUGUUAAAUCUGAUAACGAGAUUGUUUUCUGGCC